CGUUCGCUUCUUCUCAACUGUUUGCCAGAUUUCUCUGUAGAUACAUGUACAUAGCAGCAAUUAUAAACAUUACCAGCGAAAGAGUGCUUAUUUAUUGCUCCGUUUUGUUUUAUCCAUCUUCCUUGGUCGCUUUGUAAAUACAGAAAUCAAUAUAUUUAACAUAGUUGUAUUUUCUGCAAUGGAUGUGAGAUGUCGCCCGCUGGUGAUGUACUCUGCUCUACUGGUUCUCUGUGCCAUCGCUCGCGCUGUGGACGCUUCUGCCGAGAACAGGCAGUAUCUCAACGAAUGGGCGGUGGAGGUUCCGGAGGGACGCGACGCCGCCCGGGCAAUCGCCAAAGAAUUGGGCUACGAAUUAGUCAGACAGAUUGGGGCCCUAGAAAACCAUUACUUAUUCAAACACCACAGCCACCCUCGCAGAGCCAAAAGAAGUGCGGGCCACGUCACCAAGAGACUGUCAGAGGAUGACAGGGUGUCGUGGGCGGAGCAGCAGUAUGAGAUGCAGCGGAGGAAGCGCGCCCCGCUGGGGGCGGGGUGCCGGGACUGCCCCGCAGACAAGCUCUUCGACGACCCCAUGUGGAACCAGCAGUGGUACCUGCAAGACACCAGGACGUCCCCGUCCCAGCCAAAACUGGACCUGCACGUCAUCCCGGUGUGGAAGAAGGGCAUCACGGGGAAGGGCGUGGUCAUCACGGUGCUGGACGACGGGCUGGAGUGGAACCACACGGACAUCUACCCCAACUACGAUCCAGCAGCAAGUUAUGAUUUCAACGACAAUGACCCCGAUCCAUUUCCCAGAUAUGACUCGACCAACGAGAACAAGCACGGAACGAGAUGCGCCGGGGAAAUCGCCAUGCAGGCCGACAACAACAAGUGUGGCGUGGGCGUGGCCUACAACUCCAAGGUUGGAGGGAUCCGCAUGCUGGACGGGAUCGUGACGGACGCCAUCGAGGCCAGCUCCAUCGGCUUCAGCCCCGACCACGUGGACAUCUACAGCGCCAGCUGGGGCCCCAAUGACGACGGCAAGACGGUGGAGGGCCCCGGCCGGCUGGCCCAGAAGGCCUUCGAGUACGGCAUCCAGAAGGGGCGGGGCGGCAAGGGUUCGAUUUUUGUGUGGGCGUCGGGGAACGGGGGCAGGCAGGGGGACAACUGCGACUGCGACGGUUACACGGACAGCAUCUACACCAUCUCCAUCAGCAGCGCCUCCCAGCAGGGCCUGUCCCCCUGGUACGCCGAGAAGUGCUCCUCCACCCUGGCCACGGCCUACAGCAGCGGGGACUACACCGACCAGAGAAUCACCAGCGCAGAUCUGCACAACGAGUGCACAGAGACCCACACCGGGACGUCCGCCUCUGCCCCACUGGCUGCUGGGAUAUUCGCGCUGGCUCUGGAGCAGAACCCCGAUCUGACCUGGCGGGACCUCCAGCACCUGGUGGUUUGGACCUCAGAGUUCGACCCGCUGGCCAACAACCCGGGCUGGAAGAAAAACGGGGCGGGGCUGAUGGUGAACAGCCGUUUCGGGUUCGGCCUGCUCAACGCCAAGGCCCUGGUGGACCUGGCAGACCCCGAGGUGUGGAAGCACGUUCCGGAAAAGAGGCAGUGCAUCGUGAAGGACGAGACCUUCGAACCCAGGGCUUUGAAGGCAGCGGGCGAGAUCACCAUAGAGAUCCCCACCAAAGCCUGCGCCGGCCAGGACAACGCCAUCAAGUCCCUGGAGCAUGUGCAGAUGGAGGCCAGCAUCGAGUACACUCGCCGUGGGGACCUCCACAUCACCCUCACCUCCCCCUCAGGCACCAGCACCGUCCUGUUGGCAGAGAGAGAGAGGGACACCUCCUCCAAUGGAUUCAAGAACUGGGACUUCAUGUCAGUGCACUCCUGGGGUGAGGACCCGGCCGGGACCUGGACCCUGAAAAUCACAGACCUGUCUGGGCGUUUGGAGAAUGAAGGGCAGAUUGUGAGCUGGAAGUUGAUCUUGCACGGGACGGGUGAGCGGCCGGUGCACAUGAAGUCUGGCCGGGUGUACGUCCCGUAUAACGCCGUUCAGAACGACCGCCGGGGCGUGGAGAAGAUGGAGCAGGAAACCCCUACGGAGGCUCAGGUGUCCAAAAAGGCCUCGCCUGUCACCUCCUCCCCACCAGGGGGCGCUGUCCAGGAGGAGAGCUCUCCCUCCGCUGCCCUCAUGCGCCUCCUCCAGACCGCCUUCAACAGGCAGACGCCCGCCAGCAAGCCCCGCCCCUUACCGCCGGCCAGCCCCACACACAAGGAGGAAGGGGAGGAGCGAGAGGAGAGCGCCAGCCCCCGAAUCUCCUACCAGAAUCUGUACCAGGCUCUGGACAGGCUGAACCACUACAAGGGCCCGGAGGACAGCCUGUACAGCGACUACAGCGACGGUUUCUACAGCGCCAAGCCCUACCGUCACCGUGACGACAGACUGCUGCAGGCCUUCUUCCACAUGCUCUCAGACAACCGCCAGUGAGGGCCAGCCACAGGGGGCGCCAGGGAGCCGGGAGCGGUUAGGCUAGGGGGCUGGUGGGGAUAGCAAAACUCUUAAUGUUAAACUGACUCUGACACAGUACAACUCUCAAUGCUAAACUCACUCUGACACAGUACAACUCUUAAUGCUAAACUCACUCUGACACAGUACAACUCUUAAUGUUAAACUCACUCUGACACAGUACAACUCUCAAUGUUAAACUCACUCUGACUCUAGCACAGACUCUCAAUGUUAAACUCACUCUAGCACAGGAAGACUCUCAAUGUUAAACUGACGAACACAGUGCAUAUCCUCCUCAGACCAGGUAGAAAAAAAAAGUUGAAGUAUUUUUAUUUUAUAGUGUUGCAGUGGAUAUAUUUUUAAAAACACAAUCUAUUUUAUGUUUUUUGAAUAUCGCUUAUUGUGUAGGUUUCAACAUAGCAUAAUAUAAUGGUUCUUGACAUUAAGACCAGAGACCCAUGUCCCCAAAGUGAACUACCGGGUCUCAGGAGGAUAGGAGUCCAUUGGUACCCGCGUUUACUGUGCUGUGGAGUUAACAGUACUCUGUCAGAGCUGAUUUUACGCUGAGGGUUCUGCUGAGGGAGGCGGAAUAGGAUGGCGGGGGGUUUGGGGGAACGCUGACUCUUCCAGUUGAUUGUCUUCAUGAUUCACUCCACCCCUUCCUGAGGUUUGAACAUUUUCCUGUCUGUGACACUGCACUUUUACCCCCGCCCCCCAACAAAAGAAGUAUAUCCUCAUUUUAUUUAUUUAACUGGAGUCUGUGGCUCUGGUUUGACUCACACUUUCUAAUAGGUCUGUGCGCCUCUCCCUGAUUAUGCCCGUCUAAAAGUAAAUGAGCUUGUGCGGGAAGUGAUCUGUCCGGAACACAGCCCUGUUUUGAGGCCCACCGGCAGGACUCUGUUCCCUGUGUGUUGUGCACAUCCUGGCCUCCUCCACGCCGUUAAUCUCUCCCUCCUCUCUCCCCUUCAUAUUGCUCCACAGACAUGGUUUUAUCCCAAGGCACAGUCUUCUCAGUUUGGUUUUAUUCGACUCUUUGAAUUAACACUGCCAGUCACACUCUUCACCUCUGUUAAAAUCCAAAUUUGGUAUAAAGCAUACUAGCUUUUUACAAUGCCAACCAGUAUCAGUUUUCACUUUUCACAAAUACCUUUUUAUGAAAUACUUGAGCCAGUUUUCAUUCAUAUGUUAAGUGAAAAACUGAACAUUCCACCCCCAAGCAUUAGUCCUGGGAACGUACUGAUUAUCAUGACAUCACACGUGGGGAGUGUUCUAAUGUAGACUGAGGUGACCACCAAAAAUGGGUGGAGCUUUAAUAUGCCAGUCACUGAUUUUAGCCAAUCAUAGUGUUUUGCUACUGAGAGCGAGCCAAAUAUUCUGAAUAGAUUAUGACUCGGUGAACUGGCAGCUGCACCUGUUUGGGGAUUCUGGGAUUGGUGGAGAGUUGACUCUCAUCAGGCCAUUCAUUCCCAUUGCCAGGAAAGGGUUGGCUUGUGCAGGCUUGUCCCAGGGGAGAUCAUUAUUUCCACACAUUUUAAGUAGUACAACCACCUGUUCUGUGGGGGUUAGUCUAGGGACAGAGAUGUGUCAUUGUUAUCAGAGAGGACACAUUGCUAAUUAGUGGAGCCUUUUCUCCACUGCUGUUGUAGUUCACACGGUGGUUCACUCGUAAGUGUCAUUCAGGGCUAGGCAACCCGGGUCCUGGGGUGGCAGUGAUGCUUCUGCACCGCAAAAAACCCCCAAAUAAAACAGUCUUUACAAGUAUUUUAGUCUUAUAUUUAGACCUUAGAAAUCUUACUUUUUGCUUAAAAAGUAAAAAAUAUUGCCUAUGAGGGGAGACCGUUUAACUCAUUGAAAAGUAAAUUUCAGUUGUCUAAGUUAAAAUAACCGCUAAGUUAAAACAAGGUAAUAUUUUCAACUUCCGAGAAAGAAAAAAAGAUUUAAAGUCUCAUUACAAGACUACAACUCUUGUUACGAAGGUUUCUUUUUGGAGUGCGGCUUUUGUUCCGAACAAGAAGUACAUUGUCAGACAGUUACUCACUCUGACUCCAUUCAUUUUCAACAAGAGGUUUAAGACAGAUCUUUGGCCAACUCAUGUAUGUAUAUUUAGUUCAUUCUACUCUUCAACCUGGUUUUAACAACACCAGGCCAUUCAAAUCUUCUAUUUUAACUCAUCCAAAUAGUUUACAAAAAGUGAUAUAUAUUUAUAUUCCAAACAAAAGCAGAUAAAAUAUUAAACUUAUCACUUCAACGUAUAAUAGUAUAACACAGAAAUAUAAAAAUGUUUGAUUUAGAUUUCUUUGAUAUUUUGAAAAAUGCAGAAUGACAUAAAAUAAAGGUUUAUUUUUCUAACAGUUCCUUAACCGAAUAUACAUGUAGGCUAAGUAAAGUGAAAUUGGUGAUACUUGAGUUGAGUUGAUAAAAUAAAUAAAACAAGUUUCCCUAGUUUAAUUUUCUCAAUUCAAGAAACAUAAAAAAAAAACAUUCAGUAUGACAUGCAGAUUCAGUUUGGUUGCUUUCAUAUGUGUCUGAAAAGUAUAAAACGGGUUUGGAUCAUGACACAAUCCCAAACACUGUAAAAGUUAUCAGUGAAAACUGCCACAUUGUGUAACAGUGAAUGAGCAAACGUUUGGAAUUGUGUAGCUUUGAGUUUAGAUGCAGCCAUACAUUGCCAGUCUUUAAAGGUCUCCAUGGCGAGUUACAUACCUCAUACCGCUUGUGUUUAUCCAUGCCUGCUGGAUGUGAUUGGAGCCCAGGUAACACAAAACGUUCUCACAAUGUUGCUGCAAUGUUAUAACGUGACAAAAGGAGAACAUUUUGAGUUAGCUGGGAGCGUAUAGCAGUGAUGGGGGAUUUACAAUGCAGUGGAGUAGUUUGAGACAUUUAAGAGGCUUUGCUGUCCAUAGUAAAAUGCAGUUAUUUAGCCAAAUCAGCGAGCCUGUGAUUGAUUGGUUUCUGAUGCCGCAUUCUCCCAUCACUAGCUUACAGUCAUGUAAAUUACUGCUUUACUCAGAGAAUAUACCAUUGAAAAGAUUGGGUGCAAAUGUUUUGAAAAUGCAUCAUUAUACCAAUUUUAUUUAUGACAUUUGUCUAAGGUUACUAUCACACAGUCAGUGAAUCAUAAACUAUAUGCUGUUUCAUGUAUAGGUUCAACAUGAAAUGUGCUGUAAUAAAUUAUGAAGUUACCUCACAAGUAGAUGCUCUGUAAAAUGAGUUUGUGCUGGUUUGCAUUCUAAUGUUUUCCAAUAUUCUUUUGUGCUUCAUAAUUAUCAUAAUUGUGUAUCCGGGACAGUACACUGAUUUAAAUGUCAAUUCUCUUUUAAAAAAACAUUGUACGGAUAUCAGUGUCACCAGCUUGCUAAACAGCUGAACCAUGUCAAUAACCCAGGGGUGUCAAAGUCCUUGAGGGGAAGUUGUGUUUUUAGGCUACAGUGUCUGCAGGUUUAACUCCAGUCCUGGAGGGGGGCACUGUGUCUGCAGGUUUAACUCCAGUCCUGGAGGGCCGCAGUGUCUGCAGGUUUAACUCCAGUCCUGGAGGGCUACAGUGUCUGCAGGUUUAACUCCAGUCCUGGAGGGCUACAGUGUCUGCAGGUUUAACUCCAGUCCUGGAGGGGGGCACUGUGUCUGCAGGUUUAACUCCAGUCCUGGAGGACCUCAGUUUCUGCAGGUUUAACUCCAGUCAUUCAGGGCUACAGUGUCUGUAGGUUUAACUCCAGUCAUGGAGGGCUACAGUGUCUGCUGGUUUGCUUUAAUUGAAUAGGCCCUGUUUUCUGUGUGGCACCAUGCAAGUUCUCACUGUCUAAAUGCUUAGAAUAAUGGCUUAGUAGUUUUUUCUAUGUUUCAUUCUUGCAUCCCAUAUCAAAAAUAGUAGGUCAAUACUUCUGUAUAUUUUAACGAUAAUUAUUUAAAUAAUAUAGUAUAUAGUUUAUAGUACCCAUACUAAAAGUAUAUAAUAAUUGUAUACUCCAAUGUACUUAUGUUUUCACAUGAGACUGAAACUAAGAAACCUCAAAACCUCAAAUUCCUCCUGCCAAACUUACACUGGAGGUCAUUUCUGUAUGUCUGUAAAAGCUAACAAGUAAAGCAUUUUUGGGGCAGCAUGUAGCCUCAUGGCUAGUUGACUGGAAGCCAGAAGGUUGAGAAUCUUCUAAUCCCGGUGUAGCCACAUUAAGAUCAGUGCAGCUGUUGAGGCCUUGAGCAAGGCCCUUAACCCUCAUUCCUCCUGGGAGAUUGUCCCCUGCUUAGUCUAAUCAACUGUUAGUCACUUUGGAUAGAAACAUCAGCUAAAUAACUAAUUUCAUUUUGUCAGAUGAAUCAGUUUGCUAUAAUGUAUAUGCCAUCAGUAAUAUAAUAAUAAUUUGUUAUUUUGUCAAUGCUUUUAUCCAAAGCAACUUCACUUGAUUUUGACUAGGCAAGGGACAGUCCUCCUUGGAGCAAUGCAGGGUUAGGGGCCUUUGCCAAGGGCCCAACAGCUGUGCGGAUCUUAUUGUGGCUACACCGGGGCUUGAAACCCCAACUUUCCGGGAAACCUAAAGUUCAGUCCACGUUUAUGUGCACAUUGAAGGUGAAAUAUACGUUUGCUGUUGAUGAUAACUAGAUCAGUGCCCUGGGUGAUGGUUAAGGUGUGAGUUCUGAUCUGGAUGUGUCAGGUAUUGAUUUUCCACCACUGUGUUGUUAGGGUCUUUAUCUUUUCUCCUCCAGGAAUAGCUGACACAGCAAAAUGCCCUCACGCCCUAUAAAAACCUUGGCCCCCUCUCCACCCUAUUUAUCCUUAUUAUAUGACCAGGAGUCAAUCCCAGCAUUCCCUGGUGCAGAGCUUCCCGAAGGAAGGUUUGAAUUGGUUUCCACCAAACAAAAUUACUUGGCCACUGUAUGAAGACUUUAAGAGGUUUUCUUUUUUUGCAGUUUGUGUUAUACCAAACCGUUUUGAUUGCUUUUGGUGCCUCCUGUUAUGUAAAAGAUAUAAAUUUUGGAAAAAAAAACUGGAAGAGAAGGAACAGUAUAAAGAAAGUGUGGGUAAAGUAUUUUAAUAUACUUAUCUGAAAUGUAUAUUUUCUUUACUUAUUCAUUAUAUACAAAAAAGGAGCUCUGGAUAACAGAAAAUAAGUAUACCUAUAAUUAAUAUUUCUAAAAUGCUAAAUCAGGAGAUCCUGUGUUUUAAAUGUGUAAGGAGAAGGCAACUCCAAUAAAACCUGUGGCUUCUAGUGUUUUAAAUGUUGUGAAUCUGUGUUGAAGCGCAUUUGAUAUUGUCAAUCUCGCCAUAUUGUUAUGGUUAUUUCUUGCAUGUUUACGCCUAAAUACAGUAUGUCGGCUAUGUUGCAGCAUC